AUGGCAUGGAUUGCCAAAUAUAUUACUUUUUAUGCUGUGAUGGAAAAUAUAAAGAAAUUUCAAAAACUUGUUCAUGAUAAUUGGAGCAUUUUAAUGGAUGAUCAAGAGAUCGAUAUAAUGCGCAAACAUGCUAAAAACGGAAAAUUGUUUACAAUAAUUAUAGCAACGACCACUAGUGUAGCUACUGAAUCAUUUUCAUUAAUAAACGCAGUACAUGCUUUUGGAAUGUUCAAAAUUGCUAGUUACCGUAUAGAACAUCUGCUAAGCGAAAAUGCUCAGCAAAUAUGUAUAGCGAAAAAAUAUGCUAUAUUCCAUCACAGAAUAAUUGCUGCGGUGAACGUUCAUAGAAGAGCGCUUGAAUUGUCAGAGUUAUUAAAAACAACUUUUGGACGUUCAUACCUGCUCGUAAUUAUGAUUAUUGUAUGUUCGGGAAGCAUUAAUCUCUUUCAUCUAUCUCGAAUAAUAACGAUGGAGCAAAAUACAUUAGAUAUUGUAAAAUCUAUCUUACUUAUAUUCUGCCAUUUUUUGUUUCUAAUUCUAGGCAAUUUUGCUGGACAGGAAUUUAUAAACUGCAGCAAUUAUGUCCAUCAAACGAUAUGCGAUACGGAAUGGUACAAUGCUCCAUUAAAAGCGCAACAAUUAAUACUUUUUUUGCUACAAAAAACCACAAAAAGUUACAGAGUCGACGCUGGUGGUAUGUUUAGUCCUUGUUUGGAAGGUUUGGUUGGGACCAUGAGUUUAUUGUUCUCUUUUUUCACUGUUUUAAACUCGGUAAAAUAGAAUAACGAAAUUAAUUUAAUCAAUAUAUUUCUUCAUGAAAA